AUGGACUAUAAUCCUCACUCAGGUCAUGGAGGGGCACGGCUGCAACGCCAGCAUCCCCCAAGCUUGGCUCUCCCAAUCACCAAUAUCACAGGCCUCGUGGCGUCUUUAAACAGCACGGUCAUAGAGCCCAGAUCGUCAUUCACUAGCUCCAGUCACGCCAACAAGGUAUCAUCUGUAUGGAAGCUAGGCUGGUCAAUCUAUAUAAUCCCUCUCCCUCUCUCCCUCGACCCCCGCUACCUCUCACUCUCUCAUCUCUCUUCCUCUUCAUAA